CAAAAAACUUAGCUGCUUCCGCCAUUUGUAAAUAAAUAUGCUUUAUUGGUUUUCCUUAUAGAAGAUCUACUUCCGGUGUAAUACCCUUGGCUUUGGAAAAAUUGACUGAACAAGAUAACACGCUGAAAUAGGUCAAGAAGCAGAGAGUAAGCCAGAUAAAGAGAUGUUGUUUAGACCAUUAAGAAGAUUGGGUGUUGUCUUUAAACAUGUGAGAAUGGCAUCACCAUAUACCACAUCAUCAAGCAUGGAUGAUGAAGUGUUACUACAGAAUAUUGACACAAAAGGAAUUAUAACCCUGAAUAGACCAAAAGCUCUCAAUGCCCUUAAUCUCAACAUGAUCAGAAAAAUUAUGCCACAAAUGACAGCAUGGGAAAAUGAUCCACAUAUGACUAUGGUGAUUAUGAAGGGUACCGGAGAGAAAGCAUUUUGUGCUGGUGGAGACAUUGUAGCUGUCACAGAAUCAGGGAAACUUGGAGGUCAGCUGGCAAAAGACUUCUUCAAAGAGGAAUAUAUUCUCAAUAAUAAAAUAGGUACAUAUGAAAUUCCAUAUAUCGCAUUUAUUGAUGGCAUUACCAUGGGUGGAGGUGUUGGUCUGUCAGUUCAUGGUACAUACAGAGUGGCUACAGAGAGAACAGUAUUUGCUAUGCCAGAAACUGCCAUUGGGUUGUUCCCGGAUGUUGGCGGAGGCUAUUUCAUGUCAAGAUUAGGGGGUAGGUUAGGGGUUUACCUUGCUCUCACAGGAUUCAGGUUGAAAGGACGAGAUGUUCAUAAAGCUGGAAUUGCUACACACUUCGUACAGGCAGAUAAGAUGCAUGCUUUGGAAGAAUCCUUGCUCAAACUACAUGACCCAGAACCUUUAGAUGUUGCUCAUGUACUGGACAAAUUUCAACAUGAGAGUACAGAUAUAGCAGAUAAUGAUUUUGUGUUAAGAGAUCAUAUGGAAGAGAUAAAUAGACUAUUUGAAGGAGAGACGGUGGAGGAAAUUAUGCAAAAUUUGGAAAAAGACAAUUCGCCAUGGGCAACAACACAGCUUAAUACACUAAAGAAAAUGUCUCCAGUUUCUAUGAAGAUAACAUUAAGAUUGUUGAAUGAAGGAAGCUCGCGAACACUACAGGAAGAUCUGGAGACAGAAUAUAGACUAAGUCAGAGAUGUAUAGAAGAUAAAGACUUCUACGAAGGGGUUAGGGCAGUAUUAAAAGAUAAAGAUCAGAAUCCUAAAUGGAAUCCAGCCACUCUUGAAGGUGUUACCAAGGAGCAUGUAGACUGGUACUUCUCUCCACUUCCUCCAGAUAGAGAACUUGAACUUUGAAAUGGUGACACAGUCCAGCAUUAAAUGACGUCUGCAUUAAAUUGUAAUGAAAAUAUGUUGAAAUAUAAAAAUAUUUACUAGUCAAGAGCUGAUAGUUUAUCAAACUUUACAAUUUAACAGCUUAAUUCAUUUGUCUCAGGUCAUUCCUGUGUCAACAACGGGUAAACAAAUCUUCUUAUGCAACACUCGAUAUUUUUCUAAUGUUUUUAAAAAUUAUUGAAACUACAUUUCAGAAAUUUACACACCUUUGGAAUAAUUAUGAAUAAUGAAUACUAUGCCAUUUUUUUUAUCAAAAUCUAAUAAUGCCAUAAUAUGGUAGCCUUCUCCUGUUUUAAACAGGCUCAACAUUCACAUGAAUGGAUCAAAUGCUUAAAGAAACGAAUGUGAGUGUUUAGAAAGAAAAUCAAAAUUAAACAAAAGUACUUAAAUUCCCAGCAAUAUCAAAGAUGAAAGUAUGUCUGAUAUUUGAUCGUAUGAUUAUGAAAAGUCAAUUUCUCUAUGUUUCUUUGCUUAAAAGGAAAUGAGUGUGUUUAAUGAAAUUGACCUUUAGCCUGCUUGCAGCACUGUUCGCUAUUCAGUCAGUAAAUUUUCAGUUGACACCCCUUUGAAUAUAAGUGGUACUGCCCAAAUUAAGUAAUGAACCAGUCCAUUUUAGAAAUUUAGCAGGGUAAAGAUUACUGUAGUAAAAUACAGGUAAAAUUUCAAGUGUUGCAUUAGAGGACUUAUUACAGACAGUAUUGCAAUGAUGCAAACAUAUUUUUGGAGAUAAGUGCUUUUAUUUUAUUUUGUAUUGUAUAUAUAAAAAUAUUUGGUACCAAAGACAAAUUGAGCACAUUUGUAUUAAUAUAUGUUUAAUCAUGAAAAUGAAUAUAAAGUUCACAUAUUGUCACACCAGUAAUACUUGUAAAUCCAAAAGCUUUCUACAUUGUAUGUAUUUAAUAAAUACUAUUUAUGGUAAAUCAGUGUAUACAGCUAAGAAAUGAAUCACAGUCUGUAGUUUUGUGUUCGAGCAUGAAACAUUAGACUGGCUAAUAUUUCUCUUCAUUAACAGGGGAAGUCACUCCAGCUGGUUGUUUCUGUAUUGACAUUAUUAUUGCCCCUGACUCCAAAGGUAGCCACCAGAUAAAAUGUGCUAUUUCAGAGGCUUAAAAUUUACUUUAGAAUGUUUGCAGUAUUUAAAAAAAAAAUAACCUGGAGCCAGGCUAAUGAAACAAAUAAGGCAUAGUUUUUCAUUCAAGUAUGACGUUUCGAGUUUGUUGUGUCUUUAGAGCCCAACUCCAGACUAUACUCGUAUAUACGAUAUAACCAUGGUGUUUCAAACCCAGAUGACCGUCACUUAAACUGCAAUUUAUAUCUUUCAUUUACAAUUCUGUUUUCUGCGUUAUUAACAUUGUUUUGACAGACAUAGUUAUACUUUAUUUUAAAUUAAAGCUCCCUAAAACAAAAAAACUGGCCACAAAUGGUAGAUAUUGGAACAGCCUUUGUUCCAACAUUGUGUAAAAAUAUAUGCUUUUAAAGAUGGUAUUUGGUAAUAUGCACAUAUGACAUUGUGAUGUAUGUAAAAAGUGCAGGCAGUUGAGUGGGAAUGAUGUGCAUUAGGUAUAAGUGUUCUACAUAGUAAUUGAAAUAGUAAAUUUGAGAUAUGAAUUGUGUAUCAUCGAUGUAAAUUUACAUGUAUGAAAGAUAUGUUUUUCUUUCUACUAGCGUCCGCUGACGUGCAGUAACAUCAAUUAGUAUUUCCAUACAUAUAUAUUUGUCCAGUGUACAAAUUGUUAUUAAAUGUUUUGACAAAGAAAGAUAAGUUUGUGUAGCAAAAGCUUUUGUGCUUAGUUGUAUAUUGAGUUAUAACAGUUUUCUGUUCAGCCCUUGAUAUACGUGCAAACAGAUUUUCAUUUGAAAGGUCAAGGUCAUAUUGACAUCAAGAGUGAAACUAAAGGGAAAGCUUCUGAACAUACGACUGUUAAACUUCUUAAGAUGAUUGACUAUGCGAGUAGUUGUUUUGUUGGUCAAUGGUCAAGGUCACAUUGGCAUUGUAAUUGGAAAGGGGUUCAACGGCCUUCAUUUGUCAAACUGUAUCAGAUGAACUUACUGUAAGUUCUAAAAUAUAUACUAUGGUGUAUCAUUGUAUACUUUAGAAUAAAAGUUACAUAAGUUUUGUCAUCAUGAGUGAAUCAUUUUUUUUUAAUGCUUUCAUGUAUAUAUUAUUUGCAACAUGAAUCAGUGAUAAUGAAUUACGAGUAAAGAUUAAAAGUCUUCAUAUGUAUUAAAAAGUUUUCAGUUUUGGUUUGCACUUGUUUUGAUUUUUCUGGAUGAAAGGUCACAUUUUGUGAGUAUGUGGGGUAUUCGUGUUUUCAACCAGUAUGUGAUAGAAUGUCUUUAAUAUAAGUGAUCUGAUACAUUGUCAGCAAUUCAGUCAAUAUAUUUAUGUCACAAUAUUUUUUUGAAUUGUGGGAUGUUUGAAUAAACAGUUGCUACUUUUCA